UACCAAUUAAUGGUGGUUUAAGAAUUAGUUGUCAAACCUUUUUUUAAUUUUUAUAGAUAAUAUUUGACUUUUAAUCAUUUUAUGGAAUAAUAGGCGUAUAUAAGGGAGAAUAUUGUUUAAUUUGGAUCAGGCCGAAUUAUCGCUAUCCAAGUUGCGAUAAGCGUUGCUCCUGGAUUAUUUAUUUAUUUAUUUAUUUGCUCCUGGAUUAAAAACCGUUGCUUUUGCAUUAGCGAUUAAAGUUUUUGUAAAAUUCGGGCCCACUCAUGUCUCGUGUAGUGAAAAAAACUCCAUCGGUUUGUACGGAUAUGCCGCUGAACAACGCGGAGGUUUGUGCAAAGCUCCAUCUGAUGAAGGAGCUUCUGAGAUCUUGUUAUGGUCCAACAGGUAGAUUAAAACACAUCCGCAAUAAUAUCGGUGGGCGCGUGACCACAUCCUCAUCCUCGUCGGUUCUUCUUCCCGCCCUGUCUUCCUCUCAGCCUCUUCUUAACUUGAUUAAAUCCUCGAUCCUGAAUCACAUCUCUCGUUUUAGUGACUGUGGUUUGUUCGCCGCUAUUUUCUGCUUAUCUCUCCUUGAGCACGUGAGACAACACGAACUGAGAGAAAACUUAGCCAUUAAAGUGAACAAACACUGCUUGAGCCUGUGCACCAGUUACCUGCAGAGGGAAGACUGCGCAUGUCGAGUGAAGGUCAACUUCUGCAGCAGCCAGAACCUCAUGACUCUCGCAGGAAGCAUCAUCUCCAGUAAACCAGCAUGUCUUCUUACAGAGGCGGAGAAGCAUCACAUCAGCACCAUGGUUGUGCGAGCAUUCCUGCAGACCAUUCCCUGCAGCACCCCAGGUCCAGUCACUCUGGGUCACACUGUGACUGUCACUAUUGUGGGUCUGCGUGUUUUGGACUCUGCAGUGUUUCCAGGCUUGCUUGUGGAAAUGUAUGACCCCUUUGACCAGACGGACAGUUCUUCCGGACCUCUGCGCACGGUUCUGUUCAGCACAUCGCUCGCUGGAGAUCUAGCUGAACUUGGAGAUGGUACAAUCGAGGUGGACCCAGAUGUGGACACAGACUUACAAGUCCUAAAUCAGCUUCUAGAACUUGGAAAACAGCUGGUUGAAGAUGAGGUGAGGCUGUGUGUCUGCCAGAAGGUCAUCCACCCUGUCCUACAGCAGUACUUGAGGAGUCAUGGUGUCGUGGUGUUGGAGAGACUUGGAAUGGCUCUAAUGGAGCCACUCAGCAUGCUGGCAGGUACUCAACCCGUGGCGACAUUACAUGCCAGGAUCCUAAGUACAGCCUAUGGAAGGGUGAAGAACCUCAGCACCAAACAGUUUGGAUUCAAGACGAUGUUGCAUCUACAGCCGGAAGGAGAGGCAGCCGUCUGCACCAUGGUCCUCUGCCACAGGAAUGAGACCAUGCUGGAUGAACUGAAGGUGGUGUGUCAGAAGGCAGAGCAUGGACUAAGACUGACCCUGAAAGAACCAUCUGCUUUACUUGGAGGAGGCUGCACAGAAACCCAUUUAUCUGCUUAUGUCAAGCACAAACUGUUCCUGUUAUUGCAGGGCCAGCAAGAAGCAUCAGAGAGUGCAGCUGGAUUAGGGUGCUCACCAGCAGAGUUCCUUCUAGGUGUAAAGGUAUUCUGCCGCUCCUUAGAUAUGGUGGCGAGAUCGCUGGAGCACGACGGUGGGACCUCUGUGAUCGAUCUGAACCACGCUCACCACUGGACUGUUUCUGCAGGCGCCACCAAAGAAGACAUGGUGGGUGGUCUGGGCCUCUGUGGUUGUGGACUGGUGGAGAACUCACCAAGUACCAAGUGGACUUUUCUAAACACAGAAUAUGCAGAGUUCUGUCCUGCACCUUUGCUUGGGGAUUCUUGCAGGAAGCCCACAGUGUUGGACUCUUUCACUGCUAAAGUCAAUGCAUUACAAGUUGCUGUUGAAACUGCAAAUCUUGUAUUGGAUGUGAGGUAUAUAAUUGAAGAUGUAAACUAAAACGUAAUUAAAAGUAUUUACUAACUCUUGUGUGGAUUUUACAGAUUAAUUUGCAUAGGAAUAUUUAUUCUGGUCGUCAUUGGGACUGUAAUUAAUUACUCUGUAGUUUUUGCUCGUCUUGCAGAGGGAAACUUGUUUUUAGCACACUGAAAUGUGGAGUUACUUCUUAAUUUUUAAACAACCAACCCUUUUUCUAAAGUGUAUAGAAACAAAUCAGAUGUAACCCAAUAGUUUUAAAAUAAAAUAUUUUACUUUCAACAUUUUAAAGUAAAUAGGCAUGAUUUUGAUUAAAUUAAAAACUUUGAUUACAUUUUCAUACAAAAGCACUUUUCAAUGAAGUGCUAUAAAAACACAACUUAGAAGAGGCUAGUUUGGCCACAUUCAAUAGGAAAUAGGUUUUAAAAGUCAUUGUUUUGAUUGUAUAUGAGAACUGGACUGAGUGACUCCUCCCUUCUGGCAUUCCAGACAGGAAGUACCCUCUGGCUUCAAGAGGCCAGAAUCCCAUAGACUUCUAUAGAGAAAUAAACAGCUAGCACUCAGUCAUCCUAUUUUUCAGAAUAACCAUUCUUGCUCUGAUACCUUUUUUAACAUGGGUUAUGUUAUUAUUUUACCCCUUAGUGCACUUUAUAGGGAAUUCACCAUUUGUAGAGCUGUCUGAAUCUACAAUUCCAAAAUCCAGUGUUCUAAAAAUUUCCCAUAAGUCUCUGAAAAAAACUGCGCAUUGAUGUUCACUAGAUUGGUGAAUAUAAUCCAUAAUGCAUUGAGUUUGACCAAUUUUUCCUGUGAGAAACUUUAUUUCAAUUUAUCUUUUAUAAAUCAUCCAAGUUGACAUCAUCCAAAGUGGAUUCAUUGAAAUUGUUGACGUAUUUGCCAAAAAGAAAAAAAAUUCAUGUUUUUUUCUGUUGUACAAGUUUUUUAAGCUACAAACUGACCAAUCAGAUGCCUUAAUAAAAUUAGGUGGAGCUUGCAGGCCCCUCCUUCCAAAAGCAUUUGACAGAGUUUGUGUUGUCUGCUUUCAUGUGGUAGGGGUAUGGCCUUCUAAUAAGCUUCACUCCUGAUUGGUGAAUGCGGUUGCUAUAGAAACAAUGAGUCGGACCAAUCACUGCUUACUGACAACAUCUGGCUCCAAUAUGGCGGCGUUCAUACCACAAAAAAUGGCAACUGAAGUAACUUCAUUUGGUUGUAGCCGGAUGGAAACAUUUAAUCUGAAUGAUGUCACACUCACUCACUCCAGUUCCCAGAUACAGUCGAUGGGUAAAUCUAACAUCCACCAUCCAGAUGAUGCAAACUACACACUUAAACGUCUUCUCAAAUUCUGAAAGUGCACUCAAUUUCCAAGUAAAACAGGAACAGGAGAGCUCAUCUCAUGUUGAGUUGACUUCUGCGUGCAUCAACAGUUGAAAGGAAAGUGUGUCUUUUCUCUCAAAAGAGGAAUGGGAUCAAAGCCUUUCGAGACUUGGGGUACUCCUUAAACUUUUCCUGAUAAAACCUGUAGUCGCAGAGAAGAGCAGAAGGUCAUUCAGAGACAAAGACGGCCGUUUGCUAUUUCAAGUUUCCAGUUGUAUCCAUGCACCUGUGAUGGUAAUGAGCUCUCGGACCGAUGAAGCAGAGAGAAAACACGGCGAAUGAAAGUGUUGGAAGGGACCAGGUCGCUACAGCGUAGCCAAACCACUCCACAAUCUCACCAAGGUAGUUGGCACCAGACACAUAUUCAAAAAGUCCUCCUGUAGGUAAUCAGGAAGGCCACAUGUCACUACAAGCAGCAACUGGAAAAAAGAUUACAUAACAUGUUCCAGACCUGCAGGAAUCUUGUAAACCACCUCGUUGGGUUUCCUCAGGUUGCGCAGGAUGUGAUCACUGUGUAUAUUGAUGGCCAUUCCAGUGUAAAACAUCAACAAACCUUAAAAAAUUAAGCAUUAAUAACCUUUUUAUCUGUUAAAAAAACAUCUUUCAGAUAAUAACACAUUUAAUAAAAGUAUUUACCAAUUUUACAAGAAUAACCUGAGAGCCAUUCAUCUUCUAAGUGGGUGCAAUGCAGCAGGUAGUGGGCCUGCAGGAAGCCAUUUAUGGAGCAGAAGAGCGCUGCUGCCAUCAUCACGCUCAGGGGCAGAGGUUGUCCUCUUGUCAGUAAUGCAUAGACAAACGUCCUGUUGAUGAGGAGACAGCAGAUGCAAAAAGAGGAACACAAGAAGCUUCGUGUUUUCAACACUAAUUUACAAUAUUUGCUCUAGGCAUUAAAAAUCGUUCUGAAAUGUUAAACUUUUGAUUCAGAUACAUUUUUAAAUAAUAUUUGAUAUGAAAAUGUGAGUGGAUUCUACACAUUUUUUUAAUAAAAGCAGCUUUGCCCAUAAGACGGUUGGAUCCAUGUCUGCUGUUCAUGCUGGUACUGCUUCAGAUACACUGAUAUGACAAAAAUGUCAGCAUGAAAACUAAAAAAAAAAAAAAAAAAAAGAAUGAUUUUUUUAAAGAACAAUUUUGUUGUAUCUCCUUAUGAAUGAAAAAAAAUA